AUGGCCGCAGCUGGUGCGGAGUCAGCCGCCACUGCGGUGGACCCCAAAUGGGCGGCAGAGAACAAUCUUACUCGCAUUCUCGCAUUGACAGGCGCCUUCCACAUUGCGGCACUAACUAGUGUUGGUCUGCGGCUGUAUGUUCGCGUGGGCUUACUGCGGUCGUUGGGCAGAGAUGAUGUGGCUAUGGUGCUAGCUGCUCUUGCGGCUUUGGGUGGUUGGAUAUGCUUCAUUCUCCAGGGAUUCCAUGGAUUCGGACGGCAUGCGCAGACCGUAUCGCCCGAGGACAUGGUAAAGUUCACUCAGAUAGGCUUCUUCGGCAGCAUCAUCUCGGCCAUUGGAGCGCUGGGAAUGCUCAAGAUAUCCAUCGCACUGUUUCUGCUGCGACUGAAAAACAACAACUUAUGGAAGUGGUACUCGCGCUGUCUAUGGGGCUUGUUAGGACUCGUGGUUUUCUACACCAUCGGUGCAUGGCUCACCUUCUUCCUAUGGUGCGUUCCAAUGGAAGCAGCGUGGACUAGAACAGGAGUCUGCUAUAGCCCAAAGAUGUUUACUGCCUUUGCAUUGACAAACACGGGUAAGCUCACUCUGCGAACGAAGUGA